AUGAGCACAAUCGACCGACUGGCCAUACAGGGCAUACGAUCCUUUGAUUCUGAAGGUCAUUAUGAAACCAUCAGAUUCUACGCACCCCUGACGCUUGUCGUCGGCGUCAAUGGAUCCGGAAAGACGACUGUUAUCGAAGCACUCAAAUAUGCAGUCACCGGUAUCCUUCCGCCAGGAGCGAAAGUUGGCGGAGCCUUCAUUCAUGACCCAAAACUCAAUGGCAGUACCAAAAGCUUCGGGCAGAUCAGACUUGCGUUUCACUCCACCAAAGGCAUUCCGCUCGUGGUCACUCGUAACCUCGAAUUGACUGUCAAGAAAGCCACCCGUGCUAUGAAGACACUGGAAGCUCAGCUGACCGUCGAUCGAAAAGGUGAUCGCCAGUCAAUAUCAACUCGAGUAGCCGAGCUGGACAACAUAGUACCUAAUUACCUUGGAGCUUCGACUGCUGUCAUCGAAAAUGUCAUCUUCUGCCAUCAAGAAGAAAGUUUGUGGCCCCUGAGCGACUCUGCUAGCCUCAAGAAGAAGUUCGAUGAGAUAUUUGAGGCCCAGAAGUACACCAGAGCCAUCAAGACAAUUGCCGACAUACGCAAAAAAAAGAAGAUCGAACUGGAUCAGGAGAAGAUUCGCGAGGAGCACGAAAAGCAGAACAAGGACAGGGCUGCGAGAGCUAAGAAGCAAUGUCUCGAUCUUCAGGAAAACAUCAAGAAGGUGACAGCAAAUAUUCAUGCUCUUGCUGAGCGCAUGGAGAAGGCGUCUGCCCUGGCCUCCAAAGCCCAUGAAGAAUCCGAAGGCUUUGCCAAAAUCCUAGGCGAAUUGGCGGGCAAGCGGAUCGAAGCUCAAAGCCGAAAGCAGAAUGUUGAAGAACUACGGAACACGUUCACAGAGAUCCCUGAAUCUGAUGAAUGGCUAGAGUCUCAACUGGAGCAAUUCGACGAUAAGCAGCGCCGCAUCGAAAGCGAAGUGAAGUCAAAGCAAGAUCAGUGGGCUUCAUAUGGUACACAAGUCAAAGACAUUCGGAAUCGACUCAACAAAAACCUCGCUGAUCGUGGAAAGUAUCAACAGGAGAAGGACGAGCAUGGUCGUCAGAUCGAGCGUCGGAAGAACACAGUCCGCGACACUGCUGCCAAGCACGGUAUGCGAGGGUAUGACGAUCUCUCGGAUGACCGACUUGUUGACAGCUUCAUGCACAAGAUUCGCAAAUCUCAGAAAGACCAACAGUCUGCGUUGGACCGUGUCCGCCGAGAGAACGAUGCCGAAAAGGAGUCCGUUCGAACCCAGAUCAAUAAGCUGACAGCACGAAAGGGUGCACUUCAGGACGCCAAGAUCGCUGCCAACAAACAGUCGGCCUACAACAUGAGAGAUGCAAAAGUACACCAGGAGAAAGCCGACGCCAUUCAAGCUAACGAAGCCUCCAAGGCUAUGAUCGAGUCACGCAUUGAAGUGGCCAAGUCUAAGAUCGCACAGGCUCAGCAAGCGGCUAGAACAGCUAGUUGGGACGAUAAGCUGAAGAAGUCACAUCUGGAGCUCCGGGAUCUUGAAGAGACGAGCACUCGCCUAAACAAUGAGCUCAUUCAGGGAACGAGACGCGCUGGGGAGACGGCUCACUUGGCUCACGUAAAGCAGGAGCUGAAAGAGAAGCAGCGCAGUCUGCAGACCCUCACUAGUGCCCACCAAGACCGCAUCAAUUCUAUCCUUGGUUGCGACAUGGAGGCAGGUACAGUAGAGCGAGUGUUUCAGGAUGCCUAUGAUACCGCCACACGUGACCUCAAUACCGCUACACGCGAAUCGACUGCCACUCAACAAGCACUCGAGCAGGUCAAGUUCAAGUUGAAGACGGCGCGAACUGAUUUGGAGAAGCAGAACGCGUCAGUGAAGAGUUGCGUGCAGAAGAUUCUCGAUGUCAUCGAGGUGGAUCCUUCCGAGUACGAGGACGCACUUCGUGAUGCUGAGAUCCGUGCCGACGAAGCAAGGACAAGCGGCGGAGGCUCGAAGGAACUUCAGGCAUACUUCGAAAAGGCUCUCGGGAAUCUCCACGACACCAAGCCCUGUUGUCGCACGUGCAAGCGGUCCUUCAAAGAACAAGGCGACAAAUUUUGGCUCAAGGCAAAAGAGAACAUUGAGCAGAGAAUCGCCGAAGCUAUAAACCAAGGGAAGGUUUCAAGAAUCGAGGAAUAUGAGUCCAGUCUCAAGGAUAUCCAGAAUCUGCGCACAACGUACGAUACAUGGAAGCACGCGACCGAGGUCAGCAUUCCGGAACUAAAGAAGACACUUCAGAGCUUGGAGCAAGAGUCUCAAUCUGUCGAAGUCAAGCUUGAACAGCGAGAAGAUGCUGCUCGGCAGAGAGAUGAAGCAAAGAAGGAUCUCGAUAGCGUCGCAAAGACUAUUGCCAACAUCAGCCAAAUUCAUCUGGUGGUCGAAGAUCUCAAGAAACAAUCCCAAGAGCUUUCUGCGAAACAGUCUCAAUACUCGGCUCGGCGGACGCUGGAUGAGAUCCAAGAGGAGAUCGCCUCGACCGCCGAGAAGGCUCGCAAGGUGCAGGGCGAGAUCACACGCUUUACGUCAGAGCAGACUCAGUCUCGUGAUGAUUUGAGCGAGCUGAAGACGAGCCUGCUCAACCUCCAGAGCGACCUCGAAAAAGUUGGCUACGAGCUCGAUAAGAAAGCAUCAGCACUCGCUCGAGUCGACGAAUUCAAGGCCAACAGCCAGAAGCAACGGGACAUUGUUGUACAGGCGGACAUCGACAUUGAACAGCUCGAUCCCCAAAUUGCCACCGCGAAAGCAAAACUCGACGAUGUUUCCGACCGAGCUGACACCAAAGAACGAGAACUAGCCGCUGAAAGCUCGGAGAUCACUACGAGUGUGCAAGCCCUCGAACUGCUCAACGCCCAGAUUCAGGCCUACCUCAAUCGUGGUGGGGACAAUCAACUGGCCAACGUCGAUCGAGACAUACAGAACUGCGAGAACGAGGAAAAGCGGUUGACUAUCGAGCAGAACAAGCUGACCAAAGAAGUCAACAGCUUGAUGGCGGAAAAGAAAGAUGGCGAGAAUGUCAAGCGACAGUACUCGGACAACCUUCGCUACCGAUACAACUCACGUGCGCUAGAGAAGCUUGCCGCUGAGAUCCAGGAGCUUGAGUCCCACAAUGCCGAAAUGGAUAGGGAGAGACUGCGUGCUGAGUCUGAGAAGCACACCAAGGAGUUCAACGUAAUGAGUGCCAAGCAAUCAGGCUUGAUGGGAGAAGUACGAAGCGAUGAUCAGAAGCUGGGUGAGCUGAUGGAACAGUUCGAAGUCGACUUCAAGGACGCCCCAAAGCGUUACAAUGACUGUCGUAUCAAGGUCGAGACCACCAAAGCGGCGGUCGAGGAUCUUGCGAAAUAUGGGACUGCUCUCGACAAGGCCAUCAUGAAGUACCACAGCCUGAAAAUGGAUGAGAUCAACAACAUCUUAGACGAGCUCUGGAAGGCGACUUAUUGCGGUAAUGACAUCGACACGAUCAUGAUCAGAGCUGAUGGCGAUGCCUCGACGGGCAAGAAGUCACACAACUAUCGUGUCAUGAUGAUCAAGAAAGACACUGAGAUGGACAUGCGUGGCCGAUGCAGUGCUGGGCAGAAAGUACUCGCCAGCAUCAUCAUACGCUUAGCAUUGGCUGAGUGCUUCAGUUCCAACUGUGGUAUCUUCGCCCUGGAUGAGCCAACCACCAAUCUAGACCAGCCCAACAUCGAGGCUCUCGCCAAAGCACUUCACGGCAUCAUCAAGGCCCGUCAAGAUCAGCCGAACUUUCAGCUUAUUGUCAUCACUCACGACGACAAUUUCUUGCGAAACAUGCAGUGUGGCGACUUCGCUGAUUACUACUACCGUGUUUCCCGAAACGGCAACGAGAAAUCUAUCAUCGAGCGGCAGGAUAUUGCGAGCGUUCUCUGA